AUGGGGAUCAUGAAACGACUCACAAAGGGAGUCCCUAAUAUACUCUCUUCCUCGCCGUUGGAAGAUAAUCUCGUCAGUGAAAAGGGGACGAUAAUAUCGAGGUUCGCUUUUUUUAAACGGCGCAUACGACUACGGAGGAACUCUUCCAUUUCGAUCCCCCUGGGCCUUGUUUUACUAUUUCCAUGCAUUGUAAUAAUCCUUAUUGUCCUCCUCUUCGUUACUCACCCUUCUUCGCCUGGUGGGAUGCUGAUGCCCACUGGCACUCCUCCUUCUAUAAGAAAAAUCAGCGAGAAAUAUGAUAAAGUGUUUGAAGUAGGCUGUAGAGAAAUCGACACCAGCCAGCCAAGAGCGAACGCCGCCUUCGUCGUCCUAGCCAGGAAUAAAGAGCUUGAGGGUGUGAUCCAGUCCAUGAAGUCGAUCGAGCGCCACUUCAAUCGGUACUACAACUAUCCUUAUGUCUUCCUCAAUGAUGGAGACUUUGACGAGAACUUCAGACAAACAAUCACCAACUACACCAAGUCCAGCGUGGAGUUUGGCAAAAUCGAUUCCUCGAUGUGGGGAUACCCUGACUGGACCGAUGCUGAGGUAGCCAAGGAAGGUAUUCGUAAACAGGGAGAUGCAGCUAUCAUGUACGGAGGGAUGGAGAGCUAUCACCACAUGUGUCGAUUCUACUCUGGCUUCUUCUACAAACACGAACUGUUACAAAAAUACGAGUGGUAUUGGCGUUUGGAACCAGAGAUCAAAUAUUUCUGCGACAUUACCUACGACCCAUUCCUGGAAAUGGCAAAGAACAACAAGACAUACGGCUUCACAAUCGCUGUCAAAGAACUUAAAGAAACUGUCCCGAACAUAUUCCGCUACGCGUCUGCCUACAAACGAACAAACAAUAUCACCUCACAGGGCUUAUGGGAAAUGUUCCUUGAAGACCCCGUGGAGGAAGAAAAGCCAGCAGAAGAUGCCAACGUCCUCCCAGACGAGAUUCUUCAAACUCAGCCUGGUGCCGCAGGCCUCAAAGAUGUAGACCCAGAGGCUAUGGAAGGCGAGACGUACAAUAUGUGUCAUUUCUGGAGUAAUUUCGAAAUCGCACGCUUGGAUUUCUUCCGUAGCAAGGCGUAUGAAGACUUCUUCCAAAUGAUGGAUAGGAGUGGCGGGUUUUGGAAUGAAAGAUGGGGAGACGCACCUAUUCACUCUCUCGCUGCUGGCGCACUUUUGUCUCCAGCAGAUAUCCAUUACUUCAGAGACUUUGGAUACCGCCACACUACCAUCCAGCAUUGCCCCGCCAAUGCUCCCGCCAGGCAGCGCGUACGAGAUCCAUACCUGGAACAAACCACACUAGAUCCUAAGCUCCGUCAAGAAGAAGACGAAUACUGGGAUUCCCCUGACCCACCCAAGGAGAAUGGUGUCGGCUGUAGAUGCCGCUGUGAUACUGAUAUUGUGGAUGUGGAAGGCAAACAUGGUAGCUGUCUCGCAGAUUGGGUAAAGGUUGCAGGAGGAUGGGCGUCGCCGUAA